AUGCAUCUCAUACUUACUGGAGCGACAGGGCUGAUCGGCGCGUCUGUCCUCGACAAUAUGCUUGCACAGGAGAGCAUUAGUCGUAUCUCGAUCCUGAGCAGACGGCCUGUCAAGAUGGCCGAAGGACAUGCCAAGGCGAAAGUCAUCAUUCAUACAGACUUCAACAACUACGACAAAGUCUUACUGGAAGAUUUGAAGGAUGCAGAGGGUUGCGUGUGGGCCUUGGGCGUGUCACAGAAUGCUGUCAGCAAGGAGCAGUAUGUCGAGAUAACGCGCGAUUGUGCCAUGGCUGCUGCGCGCGCCUUCUCUACCAUGCACCCAGACUCGCCCUUUACGUUUGUCCAUGUCUCGGGCGAGGGCGCUACGCAGGCUCCAGGCACCUUCACACCGCUAUACGGACGAGUCAAAGGACAGGUCGAGUCGGAGCUUUUCGACUUGGGCAAAUCGAAGCCCAUGUUCAGGGUGUACAACGUCAGGCCAGGGGGUGUGGACUGGACAAAGCAUACGGCGAUCCAUCCGUUCAUACCGCCGCAGGCUGCGUGGAAGAAAGCCAUAAUAGCGCCAAUGAAUCUAGUCUACAAGACCAUGAUGACGCCAACGAAGGAGAUGGGAGCCGUCAUGACAGAGCUGGCCAUGUCCCGGGGCGAAAGGUUAGAGGGCAAAGACAUUGGCAUGGAGGGGCGGCUGGUUUCUAAUGUAGCCCUCAGACGUAUGGCGGGGCUGGAGAGAUGA